GAGUCUACUGAGAGAGGGAAUCACUAUUCAGGGUGCUGUGGCUACAGUCCGCUCAGCUGCAGCUGGUUAUGCACUUCUCUGCUCCAUGUGGCAGACAGCAAAGCCACAAUGCUUUCUCUGCUGGAUUAGAGACAGCCCGCAGACCAGAACUUCCACUACUCUACUUAAAAUUAAAUAGGCAGUUUGUCAAAUUCAAUCGAUUAAUACUGUAAAAAGGAAAAGAAGUUCCUCAUUACAGCCUGGAAUCAACCGUCCAAAACAAAAAUGCAGUUGCCAUUAACAUCGUAGAUGAACAAACUUCUACACUGAUUCUUAAAAAUCAAGAAUAAGGCAGCAAGUUUCUGGAUUCACAUUAUCAACAGACACAAAAGACUUCAUUGUACGACUUCAUUUCAAAAUGAGAGCUUUAAUUUGGACCCUAGGUGUGGUACUCUUCCUAAUAAUGGGCACUGGACAUGGCAGAGGAGGACAGUUCAAAAUAAAAAAAGUAACCCAGAGGAGAUACCCUCGUGCUACAGAUGGUAAAGAGGAAGUAAAGAAGUGUUCAUACACAUUCUUGGUACCUGAACAAAAAAUAACAGGGCCCAUUUGUGUCAACACCAAAGGACAAGAUGCAGGUACCAUUAAAGAUAUGAUCACCAGGAUGGACCUUGAAAACCUGAAGGAUGUACUUUCCAGGCAGAAGCGAGAGAUAGAUGUCCUGCAGUUGGUUGUGGAUGUGGAUGGAAACAUUGUAAAUGAAGUAAAGCUGCUGAGAAAAGAAAGCCGUAACAUGAACUCUCGUGUUACUCAACUCUACAUGCAACUACUACAUGAGAUUAUCCGUAAGAGAGAUAAUUCCCUUGAACUUUCCCAGCUGGAAAAUAAGAUCCUCAAUGUUACCACAGAAAUGUUGAAGAUGGCAACAAGGUACAGGGAAUUAGAGGUGAAAUAUGCCUCCCUGACCGAUCUUGUCAACAACCAGUCUGUGAUGAUCACUCUGCUGGAAGAGCAGUGCUUGAGGAUAUUUUCCCGACAAGACACCCAUGUGUCACCCCCUCUGGUCCAGGUGGUACCACAACACAUUCCCAACAGUCAUCAGUACACACCUGGUCUGCUGGGAGGAAAUGAGAUACAGAGGGAUCCAGGUUAUCCCAGAGACUUAAUACCACCACCGGAUCAGGCAACUUCUCCCACCAAAAGCCCUUUUAAGAUACCACCAGUGACUUUCAUCAAUGAAGGACCAUUUAAAGACUGUCACCAUGCAAAGGAAGCUGGGCAUUCAGUCAAUGGGAUUUAUAUGAUUAAACCUGAAAACAGCAAUGGACCAAUACAAUUAUGGUGUGAGAACAGUUUGGAUCCUGGGGGUUGGACUGUCAUUCAGAAAAGAGCAGACGGCUCUGUCAACUUCUUCAGAAACUGGGAAAACUACAAGAAAGGAUUUGGAAAUAUUGAUGGUGAAUAUUGGCUUGGACUAGAAAAUAUCUAUAUGCUUAGCAAUCAAGAUAAUUAUAAAUUGUUGAUUGAAUUAGAAGACUGGAGUGAUAAAAAAGUCUAUGCAGAAUAUAGUAGCUUUCGUCUAGAACCUGAAAGUGAAUUCUACAGACUGCGCCUGGGAACUUACCAGGGAAACGCAGGAGAUUCUAUGAUGUGGCACAAUGGUAAACAAUUCACCACACUGGAUAGAGAUAAAGAUAUGUAUGCAGGCAACUGUGCUCACUUCCAUAAAGGAGGCUGGUGGUACAAUGCCUGUGCGCAUUCCAACCUGAAUGGAGUGUGGUACAGAGGAGGCCACUACAGAAGCAAACACCAAGAUGGGAUUUUCUGGGCCGAAUACAGAGGCGGGUCCUACUCCUUGAGAGCAGUUCAGAUGAUGAUCAAGCCUAUUGACUGAGGAGAGAUGAUCUCCAAUUUAAACGACACAAAACUCUGAUUUUUCAGUUCCCCAAAUUGUAAAUGCUAUGUGUAUAUUACUUUGCAAAAUGUAUUUCUAUAGUUUGUAAAGUGAAUUUUGUUGUAACUAUAAAAAAGAUCUGUGAAUGUAGUUUCACCUUCCUUGAGUGUACUACAGAUAAUUAUUUGUAUCUAUAUUCUAGUUAUUUCAAAAAUUAUAUUGAUUGAACACAGGCAAAGUUUGUUUUCUAAAAUGUAAAUAUUUGUCACGAUGUAAAGCAAAUCUUAGAUUUAUUUUAAAUUGAAACUACAUGUUCAAGAUAUUUAACAAUUUACUUUAAAACUAUGAGAAUGAUCUAAUUUCCAAUGAAAAAAUAAUUUUAAGAUUUCAGUUAAGUAAUGCAUUUUAUUUAUACAAGUACAGACAGGAAAUUAGAGAAAUCUCUAGUUUUGCCAAUAGAAAAUACUUUUUCCAUUGAAUAAAAGUUCUUUUCAAAUUGAA